ACUUUACAAAGUCAACCAUCAGACAGGAGAAGAAGUGAAAGGAGCUGACGAGAGUCACCAGAAGAAUCAAAGGACUGAACAAGUUGAAGCAGUGGAAGCCUCCUAAGAUGAAGACAUUCAGUGUUGCAGUUGCAGUGGCCGUCGUGCUCACCUUUAUUUGCCUUCAGGAGAGCUCUGCUGGCUCAUUCACUGAGGUGCAAGAGCUGGAGGAGCCAAUGAACAAUGAGGGUCCAGUUGCUGCACAUGAAGAGAAGUCAGAGGACUCCUGGAAGAUGCCGUAUAACAACAGACACAAGCGCAGCCCCGCUGGCAGAAACAGCAGACGCAGGCGCUGUCGCUUUUGCUGCGGUUGCUGUCCUAACAUGAUUGGAUGUGGUACCUGCUGCAAGUUCUGAGGAUUCCUGCUCCAGCCUGGGAUUCACACAGCAACCACUGAAUAUUUAUUUGUUAAAAUUCUUACUUAAAAGCAGUUUUCCAUGUUAACAGUAGUGGUUGAAAAAUCUGAGGAUGUUUCUGGAUUUGGUCAUGCUGCAGAGAAUGUGUGCUAACUGAUGUAUCAUCCUAAUAUUUUGUUAAACCUUUUCAUUGAAAGCAUAUGAUCAAUAAAGGGCAAUAGUUUUAUCAUAA